UCGCAGCAGCCUCGCGCGCUGCCGGCAGGAGACACUAGCGGGGGCGGGUGAACCUGCUGCCUCGGUUACUGGGAGCAACACAGACGCCUCAAGUUACAGGCGCCCCAGCCCAGCCUGAGCCGGGGCCAUUGCCAUGGAGCGCUCCCUGCACCGCGUCUCCCUCGGGAGCCGGCGCGCCCACCCGGGCUUGUCCUUCUACCUCAGCACUUUUGGUCAGCUGAAGCUGUCCAUUGACGCUCAGGACCGGGGCCUGCUGCUCCACAUCAUAGAAGGCAAAGAUCUGAUGAGCAAGGAACCUGGCGCCUGUGAUUCCUACGUGAAGAUUUCUUUGAUCCCUGAAGAUAAUCGGCUGGGCCGCCAGAAGACGCAGACUAUCCCAGACUGCAGAGACCCGGUCUUCCAUGAGCACUUCUUCUUGCCUGUCCAAGAGGAAGACGAGCAGAAGCGCCUUCUGGUCACUGUGUGGAACAGGGCUGGUGGCUCCAGACAGAGUGGAUUCAUCGGCUGCAUGAGCUUCGGGGUGAAGUCCCUCCUGGCUCCGGACAAGGAGAUCAGCGGCUGGUACUACCUGCUUGGGGAGGACCUGGGCCGGACCAAGCACCUGAAAGUGGCCAGGCGAAGACUGCGGCCCCUGAGAGACCCGUUGUUGGCAAUGCCAGGAUGUGAGGACCCUGCGGAAGGGGAGAAAUUCGAGAUCACCAUCCCGAGGGGGAAGGACGGCUUUGGCUUCACCAUCUGCUGUGACUCUCCGGUCCGAGUCCAGGCCGUGGAUUCCGGGGGGCCGGCAGAGCGGGCAGGGCUGCAGCAGCUGGACACGGUGCUGCAGCUGAAUGAGAGGCCUGUGGAGCACUGGAAAUGCGUGGAGCUGGCACAUGAGAUCCGGAGCUGCCCUGGCGAGAUCAUCCUGCUCGUGUGGCGCAUGGUCCCCCAGGUGAAGCCGGGGCCUGAUGGCGGGGUCCUGCGGCGGGCCUCCUGCAAGUCAACCCAUGACCUCCAGUCGCCCCCCAACAAGCGGGAGAAGAACUGCACCCAUGGGGCCCAGGCACGGCCAGAGCAGCGCCACAGCUGUCACCUGGUGUGUGACAGCUCAGAUGGGCUGCUGCUUGGCGGCUGGGAACGUUAUACAGAGGUGACCAAGCGCGGGGGCCAGCACACCCUGCCUGCCUUGUCCCGUGCCACUGCCUCCACCGACCCCAACUACAUCAUCCUGGCCCCGCUGAACCCUGGGAGCCAGCUGCUGCGGCCUGUGUACCAGGAGGACACCAUCCCUGAAGAAUCGGGGAGUCCCAGUAAAGGGAAGUCCUACUCAGGCCUGGGGAAGAAGUGUCGGCUGAUGAAGACAGUGCAGACCAUGAAGGGCCACGGAAACUACCAGAACUGCCCGGUCAUGAGGCCGCACACCCCACACUCAAGCUAUGGCACCUACGUCACCCUGGCCCCCAAGGUCCUGGUGUUCCCCGUCUUUGUUCAGCCUUUAGAUCUCUGCAACCCUGCCCGAACCCUCCUGUUGACAGAGGAGCUGCUGCUGUACGAGGGAAGGAACAAGGCUGCUGAGGUGACGCUGUUUGCCUACUCGGACCUGCUGCUCUUCACCAAGGAGGAUGAGCCGGGCCGCUGCAACGUCCUGAGGAACCCCCUCUACCUCCAGAGUGUGAAGCUGCAGGAAGGUUCCUCAGAAGACCUGAAAUUCUGUGUGCUGUAUCUAGCAGAGAAGGCAGAGUGCUUAUUCACUUUGGAAGCGCACUCACAGGAGCAGAAGAAGAGGGUGUGCUGGUGCCUGUCGGAGAACAUCGCCAAGCAGCAACAGCUGGCAGCUCCAUCCCCUGAGAGCAAGAAACUCCACCCUUAUGGCUCUCUCCAGCAGGAGAUGGGGCUGGCCAACUCAACCAAUGCCACCCAGGAUAGAAGCUUUACCUCAUCAGGACAGACUUUGAUUGGCUGAGCAAACCCAAGGGCGGGACUCUGCUUCUGGCAACUUAACCCUUUCGUGGGCACCCCCUACCACACAGUACCCUCACCUCAACUGGACCCAAAACGGAGGACCAAGAUGGUGGGCCUAGGGUCAUCGCAAGGGAGUGGCCCCACGGGUGUGUGUGGACUGGCAUCGGAAGGACCACAGUGGUGUGAGAGGCCCUGUGGGCAGAUGCAGGCUGGCAUCAGAAAGUCCCAAAUGGAGAAGACCUAGAAGCUUAUUCCCUACAGAAGAAGGAGGUAAAAUAGCAUCUGGGCUUCUGGUGGCUCCAGUGCUUGCCUUGAGGGCAGCAGAAGAGGUCACCCUGACAGAGAACAGUGCCAAGACCCACUGCUGCCAGAAGUUAUCUCCACCCAUUCACUCAGUUCCCAUCUGUACUCGUGCGUUCAGUGCUUCCUCCAACGGAUAUUUCAAGGGCAUCUGCUUUAAGCCAGGCCCUGUGCUAGGAGCUGGAGAUUCUGGGAGAUUCUGGGAGAAUGAGAUGGCUGUGUUUCUGCUCUUAUCAAGCUUUCAGUCCUAGUAGGGGAGUGAGCAUUACAUAUACACCAAGACACACACACACACACACACACACACACACACACACACACACAUGGCUACAAACUGCGAUACUCCAUCAAGGAAAAGAAAAGCUUCCUCUAAGAGAGAAUAUUAUUUAGAUUGCUAUGUGCGGGGGUUGGGGAGGGACCGGGGAAGAACAGAACUUUUAAGCCGAGACCAGAAGGAGUUAGCCGGUCAAGGACCUUGGAAAGAAUGUUCCAGGCAGAUGGGACAGCCUGUGAAGAGUCCCUGAGAUAGGGAGACGCAUGGUGCGCUGGAGGAGCAGAGGCCAGGCCAGUGAAGCUGGAGCUUAGUGAGGAGGAAGACCAGGUGGGUGGGGGCGCGCUCCUACAGGGCUUUGAUGGUUAGUGUUGUAUUGAUUUCCUCCUAGAUACAGUGGGAAGCCAUGGGAGGUUUUUUGAGAAAGCGGUUACAGAGUCUCAGGGACAAUUAUGGAAGAUCAGAGAGCCCAGGGGGAGGUCCAAGUGGAUAUGAGGAGAUCAGCGGGACAGAGCGAUGGUGAGGGGCAGUGACCGUGGCUGGGGUGCUGGGGUGUGAAUGCCCAGAGCUUGGGGGAGGGGAGGCUCUGGGAGGAGAAGAGAUUGUUUCCUGUCUCUCCACACCCCUCACCCCCACUUCAGCUGCAUUGCACUCUUUCAGUGGAUGCAGGUAAGGAUGGGGCCUUCCUUCCUCUUGGAGCCGCCUCCAGGCCAGGCCUGGCUGGGGACCCGUGCUGAGUUCUGGGAAUGUCCGUGAGCACGUUCCCUGGCUGAGAUGGUCAAGUUCCCAGCUCUCCAGCCUCAGCCGGGGUGGCCUGUGCUGUCCCUCCAUCCAUUGCUGAAUGGUCUGAUGGGGCACUGGAGCACAGCACCCCACCCCCGCCCCCGGAUCUGACUGGGUUUGCUUUCCACAAAGGGUCAGUGUGGCUCAGAAGCUCUAGAGGAGACUGUCCUGCCACAAGGCUAAAGAAAGGCCUAGCGGGGACCUGCUUGCUGCCUGCUGCAACUCCUGCUGGAGCCCGGAGUCAGGCAGCUUUCAUGCCCUUUUCUAACUGCCCAGACUCAGCUCACACAUAAAGGAAGUGUGCAGGAUCAAGGUCACUUGCACAGAAAGGGGCUCAGAGAGGCUGGGGAGAUGGCUUGAGUCAGAGACGCCCCUGGACCUUGGAUACUCUGUGCAUCGUGUCCUGUAAGACCUUCUCAGUGUCUUUAGAGAGGAGUCUUUCGGCCUGGGGAGUUUGCUCAGCUGCUGUGGCCACUUGAACCCCAAGACUUCUUCCCUUACCUCCCACUUAUCCUCCCCGCUCCCAUCCCAGGAAAGAUCAGAUGUGUCCUGUCGGCCAUCUAGGGUGGGGCGUAUCUGCCUGUGACUGGGACAGUGCCCACCCAGCAGAGGAACAGACCGGCCUAAAGUGGGACGAGUGAUCGCAGUGUCCAGACUCCUGCCUGCAGGGUUAAUUCUGAGAGGCUGAGCAGCUGGGUCUCCACAGCCAGCAAGCUGUGCUCUGGUUUCAUUUGAUUCCCUUACAAAAUGACAUUAAGAGGAAUGUGAGGCACAAGAGAAUCGCCUGUCUGGGAAGGCAGCAAGCUCUUCUCUCCUGGACCUGGGGACUUACCUCUGUGCACCAGACAGAUGAAGAAACUGGGAGCUCUGGCCACCACAGGGAAACAGAAAUUCGGAAGGUGGCACCCAGCCCUGGGGACAGGACUUUCCUCCCGGCUUGUCCCAACAAGCUGCUGAGCAAAGCGGAUGCUCACGUCAGGGUCCUAGACCCAACUGGGAAAGCGACAUCAGCUCUUGGAGGGCCCCCAGUGACUGUGGCGAGCCACAGUGCCAUCGCUGCUCUGCCUCUGAAAUCGAUGGAACAGUUAAUUUGGCUCCAUGGGCUGGAGCAGAUGAAAUAUGACCGGGUGGCCCCUGCUCCUCAGCAGCCCAGUCCAUCCCGACCGUCCAGGAUGAUGAACAAGCGUCGAAAUCGCGUUUGAGAAGCAUAAUCACGGGAAAUGUGGUCGAGCCCCUCCCUCCACAUAAAUCACUAAGAAGCUCAGACAAUGGUCCCUUUUCUGAUGGGCCAGUUGUCUUGGUGUGGUGUCUCAGGGUCUGUGAGCUGGGAGCAAGGGAGCACAACCAUUCAUUGUUGAAAAGGCCAUCUGUGUGAUUUGAAUACAAAGUGAUUCUUUAAGUUGUCCCCCUCCCCGGCCACAUGCUUUGAUCCCAUUUUCUUGUUAUUGUCUCAGCCUCUGGGGCUCUGUUGAAACUCUCCGUCAUGCCCGGGUCUUUGCCGGCCUGGGUCUUUUGGCUGUUUGGGGGUUGGGACCUGUUGGAAAUAAUGAUGACAUUUAUUUAUGUA